CCUUUUUGUCUUUCACAAGUUGUCUUUUAGCCGUGCGUCUGUUGGUGUGGUAACAUCGAGUUCUUUGUGAAGGCCGUGCCUACCAUUGUUACUUAGCAUCGUUUAUUAACUUGACACUUUGGGUCGCGCAUAAAUUAGUUUCUCUUUUCACUUCACAUUCAGAGUGUUAAAGUCGUCGUAAGUCACAGUAUCUACAGACUCUCCAGAAAGUUAUUAAGUUUCUGAAACAAGAAGACCAAAAUGGAGUUGUGUGUACCUAUGUUGUUGGUUGUUAUGGUAACUCAGAUGUGUUUCCUCACUCACGCUCAGUUCGGGAGGUCUUCAUUUACAUUUCACGCACCAGUAUCAGGCUCACAGCUGAAUGCCAGAAUGCAACAGAGGUUAGCCUCAAGGACCAAGACAGAAGAUCAAAGUCGUUUACAAGCAACUAACCAGCAAGACUCAAUCAGCUUGACACCGCAACAGUUACUCAAAGUGGACAGUUUAAGACUUCGUGGUCAGAGGACGUCAGAUCUGCCCCGCCAAACAGGUCUUCAAGACCAAGCUCAAAGUGACACCUAUCUUCUCGGCCAGACAGACUCCGCACCACCUCCGAGCCGACGUUCCCAGAACUUUGAUAAUCUACGAGGUCAGCAAAGUCUCCCUGAGCGACAAGAGCUUCAGAGAAGGCAGUUCCAGGAACAGAUGUCCUCCUCCUACGGAGAGGAUCCCUAUGCCCAGCAACCAAGGAGUCAGAAGCCUGUUGCCCAACAAAGGCAGUCGAUUCGUAGCUCUCUGAAGCAGAAGUACUUCCAAGAUUUACCCUCCUGGCAAAACGCUGGUGAUUCCCGGGGAAUCCCACAAUCAGUCCAGACGCAAUACUCCGAUCAGAUUCCCAUGAAUGAUCCUUCCACUGUACAAGAUCAAGGAAUGAAACAAAAUUCCUAUCCUUCUAGGUUACAAGACCAGUACAACAUGGACGCACCUCAGCAAUCUUUUCAAAAUUCUAAGCAGAGUCAGUAUUUAAGCAAAAAUCAACCAAUUAAUCCAAACCAGUACUUAAUUGUAAGUGAUCACCCUCAAAAUACAGGACCCUUCACUAGCGGCGUUAAUCAAGUCUACGAUCAUAUGCCUGUUGGGGGGCAGUUUGCAGAUCAGUUGCCCGCGUCAGCUUCGUCUCUCGCUUCAGAGUCUAUGUCAUACCGACCACGAAUGUCAGACAUGCAGUCACAGCAAAUGAUGUCCAGUGGACUGUCUAGAUCCUCUGCAGACAUCCAGACACUUCAGCAGCAUAUCUCUCAGUACCCUGGACAACAAUCUCAGUACAACGGGCAACAAUACUUAGAUCGCCAAUCCCAGUUUGCAGAUCCUUCGUCACCGUUCUUGGGGCAACAGUCGCAGUAUGCUGGGCGAUCCAUGGGUGGUCAAUACAUGUCAGGUUCUCAGGCGUCUUCAAUGUCAUCACAGAGUGGGUACCCACAGCCUGGAGCACAGGACAUGAUAAGUGGUCCAGGCGGCUCUGGUUUAGCGUAUGACCAGCAGCCAAUGUCAAGUCAGACCAGUAUGUCCGGAGCCUCAGCAUCAGCGAUGGGCGGACCAUCAUCUGGAAUCGUCGCUACCAGUGGUUCUAUUAAUGCACCGCCAGCUUUAGGAAGUUCGUCGUCUGCAAUAGGUGCUUCUGCUUCUGGAAUGACAUCAGUAGGUGGAGCCUCUUCCGGAAUAGGGGGUAUUGCUGGAUCGUCAGCAGGGGGAGCUUACUCCGGAACAGGAGCAAUUUUAAACACCUCAACAGUUCGCCCAGUGGCCGGAUAGUCUGUAGAGGUCUUGAACCAUCUUCACCGAACACCCCUAACACCUGCAUCUAGACAUCUAACUGGACCACGACUUGUAGCGCCUCGUGUGGAUCACCACGGACACGCCAAACUGUGAGUGUCACCAUGUUUCCACAUGCCAUCACUCGCUCUGGACAAAACUUAGGACGCCAGAGAAAUAGAGCGACAGUUUAAAAUUUAAAACAAAACCUAAUAUCACAUGUGUUUGGUGAACCCAAAAUAACCAUAGUAGACCCAAUGGUCCAGUUAACUAAUUCUUAAAAUAGUCCCUCCUAUUAUAUUAAUUUAUAUGUAUUUAAAUUUGGAACAUAUAUACAGGUCAUAAUUAUUAGUUAUUUAAAUAGGUUGCCAUUUUAAAGGUUUAGAAUAUAUAUAUAUAUAUAAAGUUUGGGGAAGUAUAUUAAAAGAAAAGUAUAAAUAUUAUUAUUAAUUGAAAUAGUAUUUAUUUACAUAUAUAAAAAAAGGAUAAAUUGUAUAAAUAAACUGUAAUUAAUUUGUAAUUAUUGAUGUGCAUUUAUAAGCUCCUUAAUUUGAUUGAUAUAAUGUUCACAUUGUAUGUUAAUGUUGAUAAAUAAACCAGAUGCACAUAUUGUUA